AUGAUAUUCGCCGCCUCACCGUCAUUUCUCCUUCCGGUACGUGCUCCGACGUGUCACUAUCGCCUUUCUCCUCCGUAGGACAGGCCGCACCGGAUCCUUACGAUUACUUCGCCAACAAAGGUUGUCGUUUCCCCAACUCACCACCUUUCGCCGGAAUUAUCGAAUCCUUGCCCUAAGCUCAGCCCUCGAACAGUCGCAGGCAGUCACUUCCAAGUCAAACGAGCUUCUUCCAUUGAAUUGAAACCCCAUCUCGGUCUCAGCUCGGCCCAAAUUCAUCUCAAAGCAAUCCAUCUUCCAUCUCCUUAAGGCUUGCCAGACGAUCCGCAAUGGCGGCUCACUGAGUCGGCGCUUCCCCAACCCGCUGCAGCUGCUGUUCCUUGUUCUUCUUCUCUGAUGGAAGGUCACCGCCGUGGCAAGUUUGGCAUGUCAGUUCUGCUUUCCUUGCUCUUGAUCUCCGCUUCUGCUCCGGCUUCUAGAUUACUCGCGAGCUGCGAUCCCAUCCCGGCCGAGGACGAGCGCGAUCGGCUCCCUCGCGAUGCGCCGCAGGUCGAGUCCACGGCCGUGGACGGUAAGCAGCAGGUGCUGUUGCAGACGCUGGAAGAGUUGGUGAGAAAUCUCAGCGAGGUAGUAUCCAGGUUGGAAUCGCGGCUCGCCGAAGCUCCUGCUGGCGGUGUGAGAGUGAGGGGCGCCGGAGAGGAUCGCCGCUCAGAGAGUCCUAAGUUCGGUGUUGCUCUAGAUAAGGAUGUAGCUAUAGGUGGAAGACGUUAUUCUGAUAUGGAUUUGGCUCAGGAGGGGAGGGAAGAGGGUGGGGAUGGGUUCGAGGUUAAAUCUCGGGAUGGGGAGAGGAUGAAGGGGGUCUCGAUUACCAAGUAUAGCCCGUUCUGGUCCGAGAAGUUCCACUUUGCUUCGGCAGUGAAGUUGGAUUUCGAGGCUACUUGUAUUAAUGUGCUGCCAUUUCGAGACUACGAGGGGCUCAGUAAGUAUGUCGCAGUCGGGGAUGAGAGGGGGAAGGUUUAUGUGUUCCUAAGAAAUGGGGAUGUCCUGGUUGAGUUUAAGACGGUGACGGAUUCUCCGAUUACUGCCAUGGUUUCUUACAUGUCGGUGUACAAGAACGAGAGUUUUGUGGUCACAGGGCACAAGAACGGCAUGAUCUCUGUCCACAAGGUUUGGGAGGGAUUGAACGGAGAAGAUUGGAGUUCGCUUUUUAUGGAAAUUGUCAGUACUUUCGGGAGUGCAGAGGAUGGCUCCGCGAUCACUAUACUUGAAGUGCAUCAUGUUGGAAGAACUAGGUACAUCUUGUCGACUGAUAUGAGCGGGUGGAUCAGAGUUUUCAAAGAGAAUGGAGCGGUUCAUGGUUCGCUGAAGCCGGGCACUAGGCCGCUCGCGUUCUUGAAGCAGAGGCUUCUAUUCUUGACCGAGACUGGUGCUGGGUCAUUGGAUUUGAGAAACAUGAAAUUGAGGGAAACCGAAUGUGAAGGAUUGAAUCAUUCUCUGGCAAGGAAUUAUGUUUUCGACGCCACGGAGAGGUCCAAGGCAUAUGGGUUUACAUCAGAGGGUGAAUUGAUUCAUGUGCUACUGCUAGGGGAUAUCGUGAAUUUCAAAUGCCGGGUGAGAUUCAAAAGGAAGGUCGACAUGGAAGAGCCUCUUGCUAUUCAGGCAAUCAAGGGUUACUUGCUUGUCGUUAAUCCAGACAAGGUCUUCGUUUACAACGUUUCCUCGCAACAUUAUGUUAGGGUCGGGAUGCCUCGGCUUAUCUUCUCUGCUGGUUUGGAUGAAAUAAGGUCAUCCUUCGUGAUUUAUCAAGCCACAGAAUCAGCUGCCGACGUAAGGAAGACGACACCUUUAAUAGCUACUGAUCGUGAAAAGGUGGUUGUACUCGGUCUCGGGAGUGGAUUCGUGGGAAUUUAUCGCUCGAAUCUUCCGAUCUACAAAGGGGAAUUCAACACAAUGCUAUGGACCAGUCCUGUGCUGUUCUUCAUUCUCUUCCUCUUUGUAGCGUGGCAUUUCUUCGCCAAGAAGAAGGAAGCGCUCACAUCAUGGGGUCCCGACGACCCGUUUAGUUCCGCCUCUGCUACUACUGGUGCUCCACUGGUACCUAGCUCCGGUGAGAGAUCAUUUGUAGACAAUCCUUCAAGAAACGGCGAUUUAUUGGAACUAAGGGGUAGUAAUAGCCUCAGACAGCCCCGACGAUAUGGUUCUCCUACACGGUAUCCCUCUGGAGCCACCAGUACCUUUAGACCAGGUUCUGCUGAUCACAGCUCGAGGCCUCCGGUUGAUCCCAAUUUCAGGACGGCUUCGGAGCUCAAGUACCGGGGACCUACUCUAGAGUCGGCGGGAUUUCCCAAAAGAAGAGAGAGCCUGUUUGCGAACAGCCAAGUCGUGGAUGAUAGCAGUUGACUCUUCAAUGCCGUUGCUUGGAGCUGCUUCUCCACGAGGUACCGGGUACCGUAUUUCGUCCACGUUUACCUAGAGAGAUCCUGUCGUGUGGAUCGUGUUACCUUCCGGACACGAGGUGAUGCAACUACCCUGUAACCUUCUUUUGACAUAACACAAUAAGGAAAGCGGAAGCAUUUUGAGAGCUUGUUCCGUUGUAAGAGAUUUUCCCUUUCGGACUGUCCAAUCAAGUAAAACCUCAUCCUUAGCGCUGAGUAAUUACUAAUUA